AUGGUGACGGCGAGUCCCAAGAAGUUGCCAGCUGCCGCGCUCGUCUCACAACCAGCACAACCAGAAUCCCAAUCCCAAUCCCAAUCCCAAUCCCAAUCCCAAUCACCAAACCCAGAAUCAAACACAAACCUGGACCUCCAACGAAUCCCCCAGCAACAGAAGCAGCCGCAAGCGCGUCUCCCGAUAAAAACCUACCACUGCGCCUUCUGCAACCACCUCCUCCUCGCCUCAACCCGCGAUCUGGCCAGCUUACCCUGCCGCCGCGAGCCAGCGCGAGAUCGCGCAUUGAUAUUACCGCUUCCGAAAGCAGUCCCAGAAGAAGAAGAAGAGGAAGAAGAGGAAGAGGAAGAGGAAGAAGAGGCGGAGGGGUGUGAUAGAGAGGGUGCUGAACACGAAAGCGAAAAUGAAAAUGAAACUAAAGCCGCACCCGGGGGUGCCAGCAACUCCCAGAACGAGAAGAACGAAAAGUCGAAAACGAAGUCUGAUUCAAAACGACAGCAGCAACAGCAACAGCAACAGCAACAGCAACAGCAACAGCAGAAACACUAUACCAUCCUCCUCUCCACAACGAUACCAGAUCGCCAGCCAACCAUGAUCCGGCGUGAAGAUGGGUUCGAGAAGAGGUUGUCGCUGCGCUGUGGACGGUGUCGGGUGGUUAUGGGAUAUGCGUUGGAUGAGGUGCAUUUUGCGGAUAAUAAAGUUGGUGUUAUUGCAGGUAGUGGGGAUGGGAACGGGGAUGGGAAAGAGAAGGAACGGAAGAGGCGGAGGAAGAAGGCGGAGGAGGUUGUCUAUAUCUUACCCGGUUCCUUGGUGGAGACAGAGGAGAUGGGGAAGGGGGAGAAUAUGGUUCAGCGGGCGGAGUGGACGUGUUGGGAGAAGGGCAAGAAGUGA